CGCCUUUAUCAUCUUUCAGAUUCCGUGAAAUAAUAAAAGCUGUAUCUGAUCUGAUAUUCCAAUAAAUCCCAACUACCAUCUAUGAUUAUAACAAAUAAGCAUUUGUGUUUGUAAAACUCUUGGUAGCAGUUGCAACCUCAACAUGUACAUCAAUGUGUAUAAACAAUUUAAAUUUAAAAAUGUUAAUAAUCACACAAAUUAAGCUGCAAUUAAACAUAUAUACAAAUAUUGCGAUAAGAACGAAAAAGAAAAUUAAAAACAAUGAAAUGAAACAUUCAUUUGUUUAUAGAUCUAUAAAAGAAAUUUUUCAAACCAGUUCAAAAUGCAACAUCCUACAAAAAAAAACUACACAAUGUAAUAUGAAUAAUCAGUUACCGCAGCUUAAAACUAACAAAUAUCUGGAGCAGCAAAAUCCACACACAAUGGACAAUCAUGAUGAGAAUCAGAACUUAGACAGAAGUUUAGACAAACAUAAUGAUGAAAAUGAAGCCGUUAAAGAUAGUACAAGUAUUGAAAAGCACCUGGACAAAGAAAAUUAUAUCAAAUUCAACAAUUACGAUAAUGAGAACGGAAAUGACGACAACAAUAAUAAAACCUAUGAAGCAGAUUACAAAAGAAACGAUGUCCAAUUACAAACUGAAAGAUACACUCGUUUUUUAGAUGACUUUAAGGAAAAUCCACACACGACACUAUCAAAUGAUCAUGAUGGCAAUAGUCAAUAUGAGCAAUCCUUAUUUUCAUCAUAUAAUCUGUAUCCAUUACACAUCAACAUAAAUAACCAUACAAGUGAGAACAUAGACCGAGAAGAGGUUCAGGAUAUUUUGUUGGCUGAGAGAGAUGGUGAAAUUAAAGACGUGAAAGAGUCCGAUAACAAUAGCGAGUUGAGAUUGUCAUUUAUUGAUGAUGGUUUGGUAAAUAAUGCCAGCCAAAAUGAAUUGCAAUUAAAUGUUCGGCAAGAAGAACAAAACGAUGAUGCUACACUGACAAAUAAUGAAACAACGCACACACACCAACCCAUAUCAGCAUAUGUAGAAUCAACAGCCCACGUGCAUCUUAACCAACGGCAUCUUGUUAAGGAUUUGGAGCAGCAAAUAAACGUUCAUAAUCAUUUCGAUGUGGCUGAUAAUCUGUGUGCGGGGACCAUGGGUUCUUUAUGUGACAUGGCCGCAUUUUCAAAAUUGGAAUGCAGUUUCCUUGGUGAUUUUAAAGAUCAAGACUAUCUAGUUAAAAAAUACUAUCAUCCUCUGUACGCACACGGUGUUUGUCGGUGGCCCGGUUGUGAGUUGCCUCUCGAUGAUAUGUCUUCGUUUGUUAAGUAAGUGUAUGAGGGAGUUUUAAGAAUAGCCUGUUCGGUCUUGUAAAUAUCUACUCAUUUUCUCUGCUGAAAACAACUCUCUACUCGAUUCUUAGGGAAUCAGCUCGACUCCAAAAAAAUUAAAAAAAAAUUAUAAAUUUACAGACCGAAACAAGACCGAAAAAGCUAUAUGCUCCUCAAAGUUAUAAUUUUUUUUUUUUAAAUGAUUUACCAUCAUUUUACUUUAUUUUAAACAGAUCAUUUCUCA